GACCCGUGUAACCUGAAGCAUCUCACGUUUUAAAGACUGGAUAUACACUGCUGAAGUCGUUCAGAUCAUGAAUGCAUUACCAGUGGAGUGCCCGGAAGGGUACGAACGGAUUUAGCCAACUGCCAGCGCAUGGGUAAGUUGAAUUACUGACAGUACGAGUGCAUCUACUAUAAUCGACCAAUGGCUGACUAGUUGAGCAUCACUGGUCAUGGCCUUUAGUCAACGUCGGAGUCUGUUCCGUCACCCUUUGACUGGUCGUGUUACAGCGGCCAGUACAGUGGUAGUAGUAGUACUAAGAUGAAUAACUUGGCAACAUGACCUUCGUUGUAGAACAUUGUAGAGCAGAUGAAUCUUCUACGUAUGGUCCCAUCACCCUGUAACCGUAGCUACUCAGCUUUCAGACUCUGAGAAGCAAGAUGCGGUGAUUUUUGUUGGACUAUUUAUCAAAUGUCGGCCUCCUUGAAAGCCCACAUCAUUUUAGCGCACACUCGGCACUGAUAACGUUGAAGGCCAAGAGUUUUCAGCAACAAUCUUCCAGUGACUUUGAGCUGGUGCCAAAUUCUUGAGUUGAGGACCAGAGCGCCAGUCACAGUAAUCACAGUACUAGCCUCCUUUGUCAGCUGCAGAUUGCCGUUGGUUUUUCAAAGACCACAGAAACACUCCGGGGACACCAGCCAACGUCGGGUGCUGCCUGACCCCGCUUGGACGACUUGCCCCCAGGGCCGUUGCUCUUGAGCCCCGUCAAAGACAGCUCUAUCCAAGAUCGACUCCGAUCCUUCAACUUCCAGGUUACAGAAUGGGUAUCCUCUUCACCAAGCUCGCGAACGUGAUCGGUUUGCUUCUCUCCAACCGGGAGGCGCGCAUUUUGUGCCUGGGACUAGACGCGGCGGGCAAGACGACGAUCCUGUACAAGCUGAAGCUGGGGGAGACAACGCACACGGUACCCACCAUUGGGUUCAACGUAGAGACCGUGGAGUACCGCAACGUCAGCUUCACGGUGUGGGACGUGGGCGGGCAGCACAGGAUCCGGCAGCUGUGGAACCACUACUUCCAGGGCUCGCAGGGCCUCAUCUUCGUGGUGGACAGCCAGGACCGCGCGCGCGUGCAGGAGGCGCGCGAGGAGCUGCACAGCAUCUUGAACGCGGACGAGAUGCGCAACGUGGCCGUGCUCGUCUUUGCCAACAAGCAGGACCUACCCACCGCGAUGAACGUGGCCGAGCUGACGGACAAGCUGGGCCUGCACAGCAUCCGGCAGCGCAGCUGGUACAUCCAGAGCGCGUGCGCGCCAACCGGGGAGGGGCUCUACGAGGGGCUCGACUGGCUGGCGGGGCACCUGCCCAAGAAAGACGAAAUAUAAACGCCACGGAAGUGUCAAUUCCUUGGUAUAAAUGUGAUCUCAAACGGUACUAAGGAAUAUUAAGAAUAGCAAUUCUAAGAAUAGCUACGAAGCUCGUGGUUCAGAAGGAAUUGAAGUAAGAGGGGAGCAGGAGCUUGUCCAAGAAAAAGCUGAUAUCGACUAUCGGUCUUGUCGUAUUCACGAGAUGUUUGAGUAGGUCUCUAGCUAUUUGUAGUACCAAGACUGUACUGUUUAUGGAAAAGGAAAGACUGAGGACGCAAGCUGCCCGCUAGCAUGCCAGCACCAUCCAAUGCAGAACUUAAUCCUAACAGGUCCGCUAUCAAUAAAGCUUAGAUAUGAUCGCAACACUGGAACUGCUCUGCUUUACAAACUAACGACCCAAAUCCAAAGGUGAACCGCACGGCUCGAUGACACGCA